AUGGCAGCACUGAUUCGAAACACAGCCCUUAGCACCGCCGUGCGAUUUAUUUCACGUAGCUCCAUUCUUGCCUAUCCAAACACAUCAAAUGCCAACCUCUCAACAAGCAGAAUAGCGGCGGGAAAAAAUUCGGAUGGCCCUAGAGCCAUUCAAGAUCGUAUUGAAGUCGGCUGGGCCUCAGAUAACGAUCCAGAGAACCCUCAGCAUUGGAACCUUUCAUGGAAGAUCUUCGUCAGUUCGUUAAUAUGCGUGUACACGUUCACUGUUUAUUGCGGCUCUUCCAUAUAUGUACCGAGCCAGGAACAGGUGAUGAAAGAAUUUAAUGUUUCUGAAACGGUAGCAUCCCUUGGACUAGCACUCUACGUUCUUGGAUGCUUCUUCGGUAGCCCCUGCCUAGCAACAGGGGCCGCUUCAUUAAGCGACAUGUUUCCAGUUACUCGGAUUCCAUAUCCUCUCGCUGCUUGGUCUGGUGCCAUGUACGCUGGCCCAGCUCUCGGCCCCGUAUUGUCAGGCUUCGCCGUUACUGCAAAGACAUGGAGGUGGGCUAUGUGGGAAAUGGUCUGGCUCACAGCUAUUGUCUUGGUUCUUUUAUUCGUCUUUCUUCCAGAAACUGCUGCACCGACAUUGCUCUACUAUAAGGCACAGCGAUUGAGAAAAGAGACUGGGGACUCUAGAUAUAUCUCCGAACAUGCAUCCUACCAGCAAUUAAGCCGAAGCCAAAUAAUCCAGCUGGCUCUGGUGAAGCCAUUCGAGAUAACAGUCAAAGACCCAGCAAUUGCGUUUGUCAAUCUUUACACCGCGAUGACAUAUGGUAUUUACUAUUCAUUUUUUGAAGUAUUUCCUCUUGUGUAUCCCAAAAUUUAUGGUAUGAACUUGGGAGAAACCUCCGCAGUUUUCCUCUGCGUACUUAUCGCGUGCAUCAUUGGCACCGUAUGGUAUUGCACCUGGUACCGAUUCUUCGUUCAAAAGCGCUUCGAUAAGCUUGGGACUUUUGAUAUGCAGGAAACAUUCCUUCGUCCUGGUUUAAUUGGAGUGUUUGGAGCCCCCAUCGGCAUGUUCCUUUUCGGGUGGGCAGCGCGUGAAUCAAUUCCCUGGGAAAUUCCCACCCUCGGCAUUAUGGUAUACUGCGGGUGUUCAUUUGUGGUGGGACUUGGCAUUUUUAUUCAUUUGCCAUGCAGCUACGCACAGUAUUCCGCUAGUUUGUUUGCCGCAAAUGACGCAUUUCGAAGCGCAUUUGCCAGCGCAGCAAUACUCUUUGGACGACCUCUUUACAUAAAUCUUGGUGUAGGUAGAGGGUGCAGCUUGCUUGGUGGGUUGAGUAUUUUUGGAGUCCUCGGCUUCUGGUAUUUAUUCUUGUACGGCGACAAGUUGCGGAAGAGCAGCAAAUUCACCGCACAUUAA